AUGUCGUCCUGGUUUGGAGGCCUGGGCUCAGGCUUGGGCCACUUCUUGGGUCAAGUGGGGAGCAGCUUGGCUUCCCUCACUGGCCAUAUCUCCAGCUUCACCAGGGAAAUACUUCUGGAUGACUUAGGAGACAUAGAAGCAGCUUUACAUCAUUGUUGGAGAAAGGAAAUGGAAACUACUGAUUCCACAAUAAGAUGUGAGAAUGAAAGACUGAAAAAGUAUUGUACUGAUCUGGAAGAAAAGCAUGAAGCAUCAGAGCUGCAAAUAAAGCAUCAGUUUGUAAGUUACCAAAAUCAACUGCAACAGAAAGAGGGAGAGAUCAGCCAUCUUAAAGCAAGACAGAUUGUACUGCAAGAUCAAAUGUUCCAACUACAGGCAGCUGCUCAAUCAGUACCUUCAGGAGCUGGUGGUGUACCAACCACCACUGCACCUGCUCCAUUCGGUUCCUGGAUCAGUAGUCAUUUUUCAGCCUUUCGUGAUGAUGACAUGGACUUUAGUGACAUAAUUUCAUCACAACAAGAAACAAACAGAUCGUCAAUUGACAUUGCAAAACAUGAAUCUGAAGUUGGUCACUGGAGGCAGAUUGCUGAGGCUCAGGGAACACAUCAUUCUGACUCAAGUGAAAUCUGCAAAGUACAAAAUACUAUCAAGACUCUUCAACCAAACCAAAGUCCGUACAUAGAUGAUCAUCAGCAUGAAAUUUCAGUUUUGGAGCAGAGUUCUACUGUGGCAGAAAAGGGAAAAAUUCUUCCUCAGAGUUCAGCAGUGGAAGAAGUGUUCAGGCUACAACAAGCCCUGGCUGAUGCUGAGAAGGAAAUCAUGAGACUAAAUGGUUUAAACCAGGAUAACCGUCUUGCUGAAGACAAUCUGAAACUUAAAAUGCAUGUUGAAGCUUUAGAAAAAGAGAAGUCAUCAUUGAGUCAAGAAAAAGAGGAACUUCAGAUGUCACUGUCAAAAUUGAGCUGUGACUAUCAAGUCAUGAAAAACAGAGCUUCAACAGACAUGAAUUUGAAUGUACAAUUACUAGACUUAAAACUUCACUUGAAGGCAAAGGAGGAAGAACUGAAUCAGAAUAUCAAUGAAAAGAAACUGCUGAUAACGUUAGAAGAACUGGAUCAUCAGAAUCAGGAAGCUAAAAAGCACAUGAUUUUGAUACAAGAUGAGCUAUCAAAACAACAAAAUGAAGGAGACCUUGUCAUCAAGAAGUUGGAACAAGAACUAGGUGAUGAAAAACAGAGAGUUCAUCAACUUGAGGAUGAUCAAAUGAACAUAUCCCAAGAGUUGCAUGUGCAGAAGGAGAAGUUAACUGGGAGUGCACAGAGCCUCAGUGAUUUGCAUUUAACCAAGCAGAAGCUUGAAGAUAAAGUAGAAGAUUUAGUAGAUCAGCUAAAUCAGUCACAAAAAAAUAGUUUAAACAUCCAGCAGGAAAACCUUGGGCUUAAGGAUCACAUUAGACAAAUUGAAGAUGAGCUGUCUGGAUUUAAGUGUAAGUACAGAAGUUCUCUGAAUGAAGACUCUAACAGUCAUUGUAAGGAUGAUAUGCUUAAAGAAUGGGAAGCUGAGGUUAGCAACUUAAGGCAAAAUCUUUCUGAAGAGGAACAGCUCAAUGAAAAUUUAAAGAAAGUUGCUGUUGAACUCAAAACGGAAAAUGAAAUUUUGAUUUUAGCAUGUGACGAUGUAAGGCGUAAGUUGGAAGAAUCUACUGCUGCUUACAAUCAAAUCUCUCAAGAAAAAGACACUAUCACGGAGACUCUCAAAAGAGACAAAGAAGAGAUUGAAGCCAAACUGCACCAGGCAGAAAAAAGACUGUUGGAAGAAGCAAAUAAUCACAGGCAGACUAUUCAGGAACUCUCCAAUGCACAAAAUUUGAAUACCUCUGCCUUAAAGCAGAAACAUGAAUGUGUAGUUCAACUCAAUCAAGAGAAGGACUUUGAAAUAACAGGACUCAAAAAGAAUAUUGAGCAAAUGACUGCUGGUCAAAAAUAAACUGAGGAAAAUUUGGCAUCUUAUGUAGAAGAACAGAAGCAAUUGAUACAAGUCAUAAGUGAGAAAGAAGUUUUUAUUGAAAAACUCGAAGAAAAAAGUUCAGAACUCCAAAAGGAUUUAAAUAAGUGUUCGCAGGCCUUAAGAGAAAAUGAAACUUUAAGGCAAUCCAUUGAAGGAAAGGACAGAAUUCUUGCCUACAUGAAAGCAGAAAACAACUAUCUGCAAGUAGAAUUGGAAACACUUAGGGAACAGCACAAUCAAGCUGUACCAGUGGCUAAGCCUAAAGCUCUUGAUGCUAUCGCAGAACUAGAAUUGGAGGUAUCUCAACUGAAUAUAGUCAAAAAUCAUCUGGAAGAUGAAAUUAAAGACCAUCUGAAUACAAUUGAAAAUCAAAACAAGCGUAAAAUGCAACUACUUCAGUCUUUACAGGAGCAGAAGGAGGAAAUGGAUGAAUUUAAGUACAAAUAUGAGCAGAUGAAUGCUGCGCAUAGCCAGUUAAUUUUAGAAAAAGAGGAGGAAAUUAAGAACUUGCAGAAAACUAUUGAAGAACUAAAAGCCCAGUUGCCUGGAGAAAGAGGAGAUGCUCAAACAUUAUAUUCUGAUAUUUUUCAAGAGACCAAAUUACGGGACCAAGAAUUAUGCCUAAACCGGGAGCUAGAAAGGCUAUGCAGCCAUCUCUUGGAAUCAGAAGAGUCUUACACCCAGGAAAUUUUGGCUGCAGAAGAAAAAGAGAUUCAACUGAGACAGAAAGUCACACUCUUGGAGGAAAAGCUAGUUGCAUCUUCUAAGGCAAGUCAUCAAGCCAGUGUGCAGAUAGAGUCUCUGCAGGAACAGUUGAGUCUGGUCUCUCAACAGAGAGAUGAGAAUACACUGCAGCUUUUGCUCUCCCAGGAACAAGUAAGGCAGUAUGCCCUAUCAUCAAGUAACCUGCAAAGGGUUCUAGAGCACUUCCAAGAAGAAGAGAAAGCUAUGCAUUCUGCUGAAUUAGCCAAAGAAAAACAGUCGAUAGCUGAAUGGAAGAACAAGGCUGAAAAGCUAGAAGGAGAAGUAUUAUCAUUGCAGGAACGUUUGGAUGAAGCAAAUGCUAUGUUGGAUUCUGCUUCCAGACUGAGAGAAGACUUAGAUCUCAAGGAAGAAUAGAUCCAAGAUCUGAAAAAACAAAACAAGCUCCGAAAAGAAAUUUUGGAUCAUGCACAACAGAAAUUGUCCACUUUGGUCAACAGUACAGAAGGAAAAGUGGACAAAGUCUUCAUGAGAAACCUUUUUAUUGGUCAUUUCCAGACACCAAAAGGCAAACGUCGUGAAGUAUUGCAGUUGAUGGGGAGCAUCCUGGACAUUCCAAAGGACGAAAUGGAGCAGCUGUUGAAUAAAGAUUAUGGUGGUGUCAGUAAGUGGAUGAGUAGUUGGCUUGGAGGGGCUUCAAAAAGUGUCCCCAACAUUCCUUUGAGACCAAAUCAACAACGUGUGCUUAAUAGUUCUUUUUCAGAACUCUUUGUCAAAUUUCUGGAAACGGAGUCUCAUCUCUCUGUCCCACCACCAAAACUUUCUGCCGAAGCCAUGGAUUGUCUAGACUCACCAGGAAAGAGAGAGCAAGGUGUAAAUGUACCAGGAAAUGUUAAAGAUGGAGCCGAAUUAAGAGCUGACAGAAGCACCAACGGAAGUCCACUCUUGGUUCACCGUUCGGCAGCUGUGCCUCUUAGUAACCUAGCUGGUGUUGGACUUGGUGGACCUGGGCAUCCUCUUUUUAAACCCAUUGCAGAUUUCAUGCCCACCUUUACACCAUUGCCAGUGUCCCCGGACAAUAGUGCCACAGUUGUACUCCAGGAUCUUCUAAAUAUUUAG